AUGGCGUCGACGGACAGAACCGCCGAAGAGCCGUCCGAGGCAUUGGCCGGAGAGGUCUAUCCGAUUGGCCGUCAUGCUCUGGAUGAUCCGAACCUUUUCGACGUCAAAACGGAGCCCUACGAGCCCGAAGAGAACCCGCUUCCCAAGUCGGACGAGGGCUUCAGUUGCGAUGAGGUGCGGAAAACUUGAUCGGAAUAUUUUUCGUUUAGCUCUCCGACAUCACCGAAGAAUUCGAUCGCGUCCGCUCUGUGGGUACCAGCCAGCUUUCAGGCUUAUGGCACAGCCAACUCCGCCCACUUUUCCAACAUCCGCACAUGAAGUAUGUGGCGUUGGCCAAUUUGAUCCUUUUCUUGGUUGUGGUCUUUCUGCUGGCACUUAUGGUCGCGUUGGCCAUUGUCGCGGCGGUUUUCCAUUAUGAGGUGAGAGCGGGAAAGAUUUUAGCGGUUUCUGGAAUGCACAGUGCAAUAUUUAUGAAACUCUCGGUCUGCACUGUGCGGAAGUUUAAAAAAUCUGAUUUUUUUCAUCUCAUAGGAGAUUUUUUUUCAAAUUACCGUGCUGUAGCAAUUUUCUAGGGCAAAUUGUCUUAAUCGCACAGUGCGAAACUAAAAUUUCUCCGCACAGUGCAACGAAACUUCAAUUUGAUUUUAUUUUGCACAGUGCAGAACUUAUGAAACUUUCGGUCUGCACGGUGCGGAAAUUAAAAAAAUCUGAUUUUUCUCACCUCAUAGGAGAUUUUUUUUCAAAUUAUCGUGCUGUAGCAAUUUUCUAGGGCAAAUUGCUUUAAUCGCACAGUGCGAAACUAAAAUUUCUCCGCACAGUGCAACGAAACUUCAAUUUUGUUUUAUUUUGCACUGUGCAGAAUUUUGUGAAACUUUCGGUCUGCACUGUGCAACAAAAAUCGAUUUUCUUUUAUCUUGCACUGUGCAAAAUAAAAAUUUUUUUUCCGAUUCUGGCUCAGAAAUUUUUUAUAUUUACAGGGUGCGCCAAUAAAAUCUGGACUAAUAUUUUUGCUUGUCCUGCGGGCUGUUACAGUACGAGAACAACGUGGGCCGUUGUGGACGCGUAUAAUACGUCCAAGAAGCUAUCUUUAAAGUUUCAGACAAAAUAAUAGUCUACGACACUUGUUUUGCCAUUAUAAGUGCUUACAACUAAGGCGCCCGAAACACGGACCCCAAAUUGGUCAAAAAAUGGUUGAGCUAUCUUUACCGUUUUAUGCUAUGGGCUGAAAUUUACUUUUUCUGUUAGAGCUCUGGUCGGUUUUUAUACACAGAAAUUGAUUUUGCCUAAUUACAAUUAUUAGGCUUUUUACAGCUUAUCAAAGAUGCCUUAAAAACGGGCCGUUUUCCCAGAAAACUUCCGUUAAAUCAAAGAUUUUUAUGUAGAAGUUUCCCUGUGUGAUUCCAAACAUGUUAAGAAGCAGAACUACUUUUGUAAGAAUAACCAGAGCCUGCCUGGUCGCCUUUCAAAAUGGAUUUUUCUAUCUGCUGCCUCUGGGGAUGAAAUAGUGACUGUAGUGGCAUAAUUUACUACAUGCUCGCUAUUCGAGUGAUCUUGGACUAGAUAUUUCUAAAAGUGUUUUGGCUACAUCAGCAUGUAUCCAGUAUACAACUCUGUGUUGUUUUUUACGCUCAAGGCUUUUCGCACUUGUUACAAACUGCCAAAACGUUUCAAGUUCCGAAUGACCGUGCCUUGAGUUCCCCCCAUGAACUUUUAUUUAUACAGAAACGGUCCACUUGUAUAUGCGGACUUGCUUUUACACAAUAACAAUUGGCUAAGUAUACACUCUGUAAUCACGGAAUUUUGGAGCUUCACGAGCAAUAAUCUGGCGUUCAGAUCCUUAAAAACAGAAAAAUCCAAAUUUUUGGGCCUUUUCCUGUUUCCGCCACCAGCGUCGCCUGACCGGCCGCCAACUAUGAUUCCGUAGGCUGUUACAAAGUUAACAGCACGUACUUUUAUAUAUAUAAAUUUGAAGAACGUCAGUCCCCCUUAGCAGAAAUAAUGGAAGAAUUAAUAUCCCAGUCAUCAUCUGCAAAAAAAAAUUUCUGCACCUCCAAAAAGUUUUGAUGAUUUUUUCAGUCUUACAAUAGGCAUUGAUCUGGACAUUACCGAUGAUGUAUAGCACGGUUGUUACCCUUUCUAAAAGUGCUAAAAGUUUCCAUUCUUAGGCCAUCCGAAAAAAGCUAUAUGGAAUUUAGUUUUGUCCAGAUUUUAUUGGCGCACCCUGUAAUUUGAGUGUCAUAUAAACUGUAAUUACAAUUAAUUUCAGGCGCUUGUCAACAACGAAUCCGAAAUUCCAUGUGUUUACGAAUGGAUGGAAUGGAGUCAGUGCUCGGCGACCUGCCGAACCCCUGACCAACCCGUGCCCACCAAGAGUCGGAGUGUGGAUCCGAAAUCGAUUAUCAGGGCUAGAGGACGUAUGUAUCAGACUGCACCGUGCCCAGAACGAGUUUCACAGCUGACGGUACAGUUUGAGGGGCUUUUUAUUGAUUCUAUUUUUCAGGACAGCGCUCCGUGUAACACGCAUUGGUGCCCGAUAAAACUGAGCACUCUCAAAUUCAAGGAAUGUAAAUAUUCGGUUCGCCAUAACAAAAACAUUCGAUUGAGGGAUAUCCCGAUGGAAGAUCAAUUGGUAAGUCAUCAAAAUUUUUGGCGCUACGGUUUUUUGGGUCAACGAUGCUAUGGAUGUCCUUAGUUCGUCUUUGUAUGCAGGGCGGAGACUAGGAGAAGGCCUAGUUAGUAGAAAUAAUAAGAUUGAUUAUGUCCUAGUAUAGCUUGUGGUAAAAGUUCCUUAUUUUGGCCACAACUUAUAACUUUGCGGAGACUUGUCGGAAUUAGCCCAAAGAUCGCGGAGUACCUUUGUUGUGGCCAAAAUAAGGAACUUUUUCCUAGCUUAUCAUCUAUUACGGGGUAUUUUGUAUUUACUAACAUCAAUACAGAGGGAGACGUGAUCUAGUGACAAAUGGCAAAAUGCUUCCCUCUCCAAGCGAAAAAAACUUUGUUUUGAAGCUUUCCCGGUUAUUUUUUAUUCAUUUCCUAUACUAUCUUUGAUUAUUCAGUAACAGAAAAAUUUAAUACAGCGGGGGACCUAAUCUAGUGGCAAAAACGUAUCAUUUUGCAUCGGGGAAGUAUCAAAAAUGUGGCAAAAUGCUUCUCUCUCCAAGUGAAAAAACUUCGUUUUGAAGGGCGUGCUCUUUUCCCUCACAGAAAGAGCGGGCGCGCUUUUCAAAUCUGAAUCUUUUUACUUGGGGAGAGAGGUAUUUUGCCACAUUUUUUGAUGCUUCUUGGAUGCAAAAUGGUACAUUUCUUGCUACUGGAUCAGGCCCCCCAGUGUAAUAUCUAGAUAAAAGUUGCGGCUCUCAAAUUUUGGUCUUUUAUUAUAUUUAUACGUUACAAUAACUCAGGGUAAAAAAAACUAAGUUAGCCCCCCUUCGCCGGGCGUCCGCCGAGCAUUCAGCGGCUUUUCCAGGCCUCGUAGGCACUCGUAGGCACUUCCUAUUACAUUUUUUGGAUAUCCACCUGCUCUACGCCUCGUAUCGAUCGAUUUUAUCUUGUCCCGAAAAAUCGGGACCCGAAAUUGAAAAUUUAACAAAUUUUAAUUUUUUUUUUAAAUUUAAAAUUUUUUUUUUUAUUUUUCAGAUUGAACUGGACGAAGAGCGAAUUUACAGGGAGUGUUAA